UGUUGAAACGUGAACAGAAAAUUGCUGUUUCAAACUUUGGCGGCAAUCCUUUCACUCGCAACUGACAUUUGACAGUUGACAAUUGUUGUAAUUGUCAAAAUUGCGGCUGGUGUUUUAGUGGCUACGUAAAAUUUAUCGACGUCGACGAUUACGUUGUCUACGUGUCUGUGUACCACUUCGAGAACCUCCAAAACCAGCCAAAACAUACGUUCACUCUGUGUCGUGGAAGCAGCGGUGUCGGUGCGUUGUAGUGGUGCUAACAGUACAAGAACACAGAAAGAAGACCAGACCGUUACAGUUACACUACCGUUAUUAAAAGAAUAGUCUAUUUAACGCAACUUUAAUUAGUAAAUAACUUUAAUCGCGCAAAGAUGGUCAAACCAGUCAGAAAAAACUCAAACAAGAACCCCCCAAUCUUGAGCCACGAAUUCAUCAUCCAAAACCAUGCGGACAUCGUCUCCUGUGUGGCUAUGGUGUUCGUGGUGGGCCUUAUGGUCCAAGCCACAUCGCCCCUAGCUUCAGUCUUCAUUGCGCUCCAACACAACGUAACAGAAGCUGGGGAGAUUCCUUUAUACAGUCCCGGGAUUAAAGACUGGGCAGCUGUUUUCUUCUACAGCUUGAUCUGUAUCGUGAUUCACGCCAUUAUCCAAGAAUAUGGACUUGAUAAAAUCUCGAAGAAGCUGCAUUUGUCCAAGUCGAAGCUUGCGGUUUUUUCGACCAGUGGCCAAUUGACCGUGUUUUAUCUAAUUUCGACAUUCUGGGGGGCUGAUAUUAUCUUGAAGGAGCAAUAUUUGCCCGAAAUUGCACGACUUUGGUCCGACUAUCCCGCUCCAAUGACUUUCCUCGUUAAAUUAUACAUUAUCAUACAACUUGCCUACAGUCUGCACGAAUUACCUGAACUGUACUUCCAACGAGUGAAGCGCGAAGAAUAUUCAUCAAAAGCCGUCCAAAGCGUUGCAACUCUGCUUCUUGUAGCUGUCCCCUACUUCUUAAACUUCAAUCGCCUGCUUGUUUGCCUCCUGGUGCUCCACCAUAGCUCCGAAUUGUUUUACCACAUCACCCAACUGAUCCAAACAAUUGACAAAGAUGAGAAAUUUUCAAAGGCGGCCAGAAUGGUUUCCAACAUUUUACAGAUUUCGUCCCGUUUGGGUAGCAUUAUCUUGGCUGUUUUAACCCUGUGGUAUGGCUUGGCUUUAGGAGAGCAACAACCCCUUGACAUCCAAGCCGGUUACUACAACACUGCUACUGUCCGUCUUGCUGUUUUGGGAGGAAUCCUUGUUUUGCAAAUGUAUCUGACCAUUAACGUAAUCAAUCAAGAAAUUGCACGUUCGCGCGAAAAUAAAGCCUACACCACUGUUCCCAAACCCAAAGUGCAGAAGAAAGAAAAAUCGAAAAAAAGUAAAAAAGUUAAUAACGAGGAAUCUGAUCUCCCCGAAGUGGAUCAAAACACAAAUAAGACUUUAAGACACAAACAGAAAGUAAAGUAAGUUGUUUCUAAGAUUUCUUUUUUUAUAUAUACAUGCAUUAUUUUGUAAAACCAGACUUUACUGCUGGGGACUAUUUCUGAAUUGUUUGUUUUCUGUAAAAAUAAAUAUGAUUUUUUGAUGA